UCUUCGGUUCUUCUUUUUCGGAAGGUAAUGGCUCCAUCACAGCCAAAUAGUGGCCUCUUUGUGGGGCUAAACAAAGGCCAUGUUGUAACUAAAAGAGAAUUGGCUCCCCGCCCAUCUGCUAGAAAGGGGAAAACAAGUAAAAGGGUCCAUUUUGUCAGGAGUAUAAUCAGGGAAGUUGCGGGAUUUGCACCUUACGAAAAGAGGAUCACCGAACUUCUUAAAGUUGGGAAAGACAAGCGGGCAUUGAAAGUUGCAAAGAGAAAGCUGGGCACACACAAGAGGGCACAAAAGAAGCGUGAGGAGAUGUCUAAUGUUCUACGCAGGAUGAGGUCCGCUGGAGGUGGAGAGAAGAAGAAGUGAUAAAAGUGGAGUUGGAGAGAAGUGAGAAGUUGUAGUGUUUUUAAUUUUCUCUCAAGUAGUAGGAACAUCCCUCCCCUUGCUGUCGAACAGGUUAUUAAUUAGCUCAUGCAAUGUUUGGAUUCUGAAAUUUUUGUUUCAUCUGUUUCCGUUUAUAAUUACAAACCAUGCCUCCGCACA